AUGCUAAACGCUCAAGAAAGAAGAAUUAUAAACAGUUGUCAAACCUGUCGCACACCAAUCUACGAAGGCGAACCAAUUUAUACUAGUUCCAAAAGUCAAAGUUCUGGUCAUGCUAGAGGUGCCUAUGGAGGAAAGAGUUUUGGUGAUUAUCAAGCGGGAGGUUAUGGGGGAACUUAUGGUAGCACUCAUGCCUCCGAAAGUGGAAUUUUAUUAGUGAUUAUUGCAACGAUUGCUAGCGCCUUUAUUUUUCCAGGCUUAGAAGAAAGCGGAAUUCUUGUGGGUAGUUUAGCUUUAGUAAGCAUUUUAGGAAAUCUUUUCCAACCUAUGGUUGACCGGGAAAAAUAUGAAAUAAAAGAAGUGCGACGGGGAUUUGCGACUUACUUAUUACUUCGAAAAGAAGUUUUGCUAGCUAAUGAAAAAAACCAUGCUUGGUUAGAAGGAAAAAAAGCCAAAAAAACCCAAGAAGAUUUAAUGAUGGAAGAAAGGGCUAAAAAAAUAUAUGAUAAAAUUAAUAAUACCGCUUUAUUUUUUACCCUUAAAAAAAAUGAGGAAGGUAAACCAUUCGGCUCGAUUGGAUUUAAAGAAAUUUCGACUGAAUUGGAAAAAUUAGAUUUUCACUGUCAAAAGG